ACAAGACACUCAUGGAUUCAUCCACAGAUUCUGCCACUACUCCUAUUAUGAUUCUCUCUGACUCAUUUCACAUUAUUCUCAUUAUUAGGGUUUUACCUUAUCCCCCUUCCCUAAGAAAUGGCAGUUUCUUCUAUCUACACAUCAAAUUUCAUCGUUCUAUAUUCCAACUCAAACUCAUCUUUUCCUUAUUUAGAAAGCUUAGCAUAUCACUUACACAAUGGGGUUGAAAAAAGAAUAAGGAGGAGUAGUAUUUGUAGAAGGUUUGGUGCUGUAUCUUCAUCACAUUCAAAUCCCAAGAUUUUGAAGUCAAAUAGAAGGACUAGGUUUGGUCAAAGAUUGUCUCCUUAUGACAGUGAUAAUGAAAAUGAAUCUAUUGAUUUCAAUGCUGCUGAUGAUGAUGACGAUUGGCUGUCUGAUGAUCCAUGUCCAGGUUCUGAUGACGCUAAACUCAGACGAAAGUCACAACCUGCAAUUAAUGGCAAUGGAGACAGAGGAAGCAUGUUUUCACGAAUGGGUGGAAAGAAAAAGAACGUCAACGGUAAUGGAAAGGUCAUAUUAGACAGAUACAACCACGCUGGGAAAGAUAAGCAGGAUGCAGGGAAGUCUUCAAAGAACAGAUAUCGGCGUUUAUCAGAGGAAGUAGAUGUAGAUGAUAAAUGGUUUCCGUUACUCGACUACCUCACAACUUUUGGCCUUAAAGAUUCUCACUUUGUACAGAUGUAUGGGAGACACAUGCCUUCCCUUCAAAUAAAUGUUACUGCAGCACAAGAAAGAUUGGAUUUCUUGAUGAGUGUCGGUGUAAAAAGUAAAGAUAUAAAGAAAAUACUCAUGAGACAACCACAGAUUUUGCAGUAUACAGUGGAAAGCAAUCUUAAAUCCCAUGUGGCAUUUUUGGUCAGUUUGGGCAUUCAAGAAUCAAGAAUUGGGCAGAUAAUAACUGCUACCCCAUCUAUAUUCUCUUAUAGUGUGGAAAAUUCAUUAAAACCAACGGUUAGAUAUUUGAUUGAAGAAGUUGGUAUUAAAGAAAGUGAUUUGAGUAAAGUUGUGCAGCUGAGCCCCCAAAUUUUGGUUCAACGGAUUGAUAAUUCAUGGAACUCUCGGUAUAGAUUUCUUGCCAAAGAACUUGGAGCACCCAGGGAUAAUAUUGUAAAAAUGGUCACCAAACAUCCCCAACUCCUUCACUACAGCAUUGAAGAUGGCUUAUUACCGAGAAUAAACUUUUUAAGGAGUAUCGGCAUGCACAAUUCGGACAUAUUGAAAGUUUCGACUAGCCUCACGCAGGUCUUUUCAUUAUCCCUCGAGGGAAAUUUGAAGCCCAAAUACUUGUAUCUGGUUAAUGAACUUCAAAACGAGGUCAAAUCUUUGACCAAGUACCCCACAUAUCUAAGCUUAUCCCUGGAUCAGAGAAUUCGUCCCCGGCAUAGGUUUUUGGUUGCUCUAAAGAAGGCUCCAGAGGGACCCUUUCCUUUGAGUUCAUUUGUUCCAACUGAUGAGAGUUUUUGCCAGCAUUGGGCAGGAACUACUGUAGAUAAAUACUUGGCCUUUCGACAAAGGUUACUACUUAAAGAUUUGGCGAAAAAAUAUGAAAGGUCGUGACCCAUGUUUUACCCAUUAAAAGUUUUGUUCUUGAAUCCCCAUCAAAUAUUUUGUCUCCACUCUGGUGGUGGUUCAGUUUCCCUUUACUGAGUUAGAUAUAAAUCUUAGCUCCUCUGUUUAUUGCUUAUAGAGAAACCAAGAUUGCCUCCAAGCUGCUUCUAAGGAUUGCCGAGAUACUGCUGGUUCGACUCUUUUGGUAUACAUACGAACAUAAAAAUACAAGUUCUGUUUUAAUGCGAGGAAACGAAAUGUGAGUAGAAUUGUAAAAAGGUUUUUUGAUUAUGACAUCAAAAGGUGUUCCCCUUGGUACUACCCUUAUUUAACACGAUCCAAGAACUUCCAUAACAGUGGCAUGAUUCAGUUUGAGCAAUGGAUCUUGACAUCAUACAUCCUGUUAAUGAAAAUUGAGUGUAAACAUUAUUCGUUUUUUUGUGCACAAUCUGCUUCAAACAUUGAUUAUGUGAAUGUGACCCUUGGUAAUGUGAAAAGCCACAAUUUGCUUGAAA